UCUCUCUCUCCACAUCUCCAUCUCCCAAUUAAACCGCGCCAUGGCCGUCCGUGCCUGGACACAUUGAUUUUUAUUCUUCAGCUGUCUAUCCUGCAGAUAGAAGCAGGGAAAUGUUUUGUAUCUUAUGCGGUAGUGGUGUAGGAUUGAGCAUCAGGCAGGCCAGACAGUGAAAUGAGAAGGGUAGUUUACAGCUAGCCGAUUCUUUCAGAUCUAGGGCGGGUUAGUUUGAGAGUUAAACUGCUGUGCUCUCUGUCCAAUUCUGACCGAAUUGUCUGUCUGUCUCUCUCUCAGGUGUGCUGCCUGUCUCUCUCUCAGGUGUGCUGUAAGGCUUGACAGCCUGAUCUGGUCCUACGACUGCCCAACACAACUGGCCAACCUAGAUCCCUCCGUGCAGUAACACUCUACAGUCCAGAGGCUAGCUAGGGCACAACAACACAGAGUGUGAUCCUCUCCACACUACUUAGUGUGCAUCUGUAUGUGACUGAGAGGGAGAUACUGAGUACCCGUGUGUGACUGUACUGUACUGUAUUUGAGGAUAUUUCUCCCAGAGGACCCCGUCCUUCCCUACGUCGUCAUCAAGAUGAACGUGACGUCGCUAUUCUCCUUCACCAGCCCGGCGGUGAAGAGGCUGCUGGGAUGGAAACAGGGGGAUGAGGAGGAGAAGUGGGCGGAGAAGGCAGUGGACGCCCUAGUGAAGAAACUGAAGAAGAGGAAGGGAACGAUGGAGGAGCUGGAGAAGGCUCUCAGCUGUCCCGGACAGCCCAGUAAGUGUGUGACCAUCCCUCGGUCGUUGGACGGUCGUCUCCAGGUAUCCCAUCGUAAAGGUCUCCCCCACGUCAUCUACUGCAGAGUGUGGAGGUGGCCCGACCUACAGUCUCAUCACGAACUCAAGGCCUUGGAGUGCUGCCAAUUCCCCUUCACGGCCAAACACAAAGAUGUCUGUAUCAACCCCUACCACUAUAAGAGAGUGGACAGUCCUAUGCUGCCCCCUGUCCUGGUCCCUAGGAACAGCGACCUCACAGCGAGGCCGGGGAUGCAGCCCCGUUACCAUGGCGCCAUCGACCAGAACGAGCCUCUCAUGCCCCACAACGCCACUUUCCCAGAAUCCUUCCCUCCAGGCGGGGGCGGCAACGGAGGGUUGGCGUUCCCUUGUUCCCCUGGCAACAGCUUCCCCAGUUCGCCCGGCAGUGGGUCCAGCAGUAUCUCCGCGUUCCCCCACUCCCCACUUAGCUCCGACCCAGACAGCCCCUUCCAUGUCCCGGCUGACACCCCGCCCCCAGCCUACAUGCCUCCAGAUGAUUAUCUCAUUCAGGACUGCUCCCAGCCAAUGGAAACCAACCUCCUCGCCAUGCCAACCGGCCUGGAUACCAACAACAGGCCAGAUGUUCAGCCAGUAGCCUACGAGGAACCGAAACACUGGUGUUCUAUAGUGUACUAUGAGCUUAAUAACCGCGUGGGUGAGGCGUACCUGGCGUCAGACUCCAGUGUUCUGGUCGACGGCUUCACCGACCCGUCCAAUAACCGCAACCGCUUCUGCCUCGGCCUGCUGUCUAACGUCAACCGCAACUCGACCAUAGAGAACACACGCAGGCACAUCGGCAAAGGUGUCCACCUCUACUACGUAGGAGGUGAGGUGUAUGCAGAGUGUCUGAGUGACACCAGUAUCUUCGUUCAGAGUCGUAACUGUAACUAUCACCACGGUUUCCACCCCACCACGGUGUGUAAGAUCCCGAGUGGCUGCAGUCUGAAGAUCUUUAACAACCAGGAAUUUGCCCAGCUACUGGCCCAGUCAGUGAACCACGGCUUUGAGGCUGUUUACGAGCUCACCAAGAUGUGUACCAUACGCAUGAGCUUCGUCAAGGGUUGGGGUGCAGAGUACCACCGCCAGGACGUGACCAGCACCCCCUGCUGGAUAGAAGUGCACCUGCACGGCCCUCUACAGUGGCUGGACAAAGUCCUCACACAGAUGGGCUCUCCCCAUAAUGCCAUAUCCUCCGUGUCCUAACACACACACACACACACACACACACACAGCCUCUCGACGCCACAUGUUCAAAUGUUAUUUUUGUAACUUUUUUUAUUUUUUUUAAAUCUGCUGAGAGAGGAAAAAAAACACAACGUUAUUCAUCAUCCCAUAUUACAAUAUCUGUCUUGACUGGAGUAGCCCAGAGAAUCAGCUAUGAAUAGCUAGGCUAAAUGAGGCCACAUGCUGCAAUUUCUCCCCAACCCCAUUCAGAUGAGAAAACAUCAGCCUACCUAUUGGUUACUCCCAUUCAGAUGAGAAAACAUCAGCCUUCCUAUUGGUUACUCCCAACCCCAUUCAGAUGAGAAAACAUCAGCCUACCUAUUGGUUACUUCCAACCCCAUUUUUGCUAACUUUGAGUUCCCAUAUGUUAUUCCAUCUUGCAUUAGUGAACUCACUCCACUUGCGUCACAUUGAGCCUAUUUGAUUGGCCAACAUAACAACAAGCUACACAGUAAAGGCUACCGGUCUUUUUUACGGGACCACGUUAUAAAAACUACCUUGAAAAGUU